GUGGAGGACCGCCUGUCCCUUCUCCGCGUCGGGCUGUCAAUGGCUUUCCGGACCUAUUUUAUUUGAAUGCCCGGAGCCGUUUUUGACUGACCACGACCAUGGAUAUUCUAUGGAUAUUAUGGACCUUUCCGGUCGUAAUAGCUGUCGAAGAGAUGCUCAUGGACUCCACCACAGCCACAGCGGAGCUCGGCUGGACCGUCUAUCCGGUGUCGGGAUCCAGCGACAACAGCUGGGAGGAGGUGAGCGGUUACGAUGAAAACAUGAACACCAUCCGGACCUAUCAGGUGUGCAAUGUUUUUGACAACAACCAGAACAACUGGGUGCGCACCAAGUACAUCCGGCGGCGAGGCGCACAGAGGAUCCACGUGGAGAUGAAGUUCUCCGUAAGGGACUGUAGCAGCAUUCCCAAUGUCCCCGGCUCCUGCAAAGAGACAUUCAACCUUUACUACUAUGAAUCAGAUUCUGACACAGCUACCAGGACCUCGCCGGCCUGGAUGGAGAAUCCCUGGAUCAAAGUGGACACUAUAGCAGCCGAUGAAAGCUUCUCCCAAGUGGACCUCGGCGGAAGAGUGAUGAAAAUCAAUACUGAGGUCCGCAGCUUCGGCCCCGUGUCGAGAAAUGGCUUCUACCUGGCAUUCCAGGACUAUGGCGGCUGCAUGUCCCUUAUAGCUGUCCGGGUCUUCUACCGGAAGUGUGCUCGCAUUAUCACCAAUGGGGCGCUCUUCCAAGAGACGUUGUCAGGGGCUGAGAGCACUUCGCUUGUGGCGGCGCGUGGGGUUUGCAUACCCAAUGCCGAGGAAGUGGACGUGCCCAUUAAACUAUACUGCAACGGUGACGGAGAGUGGAUGGUACCCAUCGGUCGAUGCAUGUGCAAGGCUGGCAAUGAAGCGGCGCAGAACGGGACCGUGUGUCGAGCGUGCCCAUCAGGAUUCUUCAAGCCGACCCAGGGGGACGAGUCAUGCAAACAGUGUCCAAUCAACAGCCGCACAACCAGCGAGGGCGCUAUCAACUGUGUCUGCCGCAAUGGCUACUACCGCACCGAUUCGGAUCCCUUACAGAUGCCCUGUACAACGGUCCCAACAGCCCCGCAAAAUGUUAUCUCCAGUGUGAAUGAGACUUCGGUCAUGCUGGAGUGGAUGAGCCCUCGAGAUUCAGGCGGCCGCGAAGAUGUCGUCUUCAACAUCAUCUGCAAGAGCUGUGGCGGCGGCCGCGGGGGCUGCACGCGCUGCGGCGACAAUGUUCAAUUCCUGCCCCGUCAGCUGGGUCUGACAGAGCCACGGGUGUACAUCAGCGACCUGCUGGCACAUACACAGUACACGUUCGAGGUGCAGGCGGUCAACGGCGUGUCGGACCAGAGUCCUUACUCGCCACAGUACUCCUCGGUUAACAUCACAACCAACCAAGCUGCUCCGUCAACUGUGUCCAUCAUGCACCAAGUGAGCCGCAGUGUGGACAGCAUCACUCUCUCUUGGUCCCAGCCCGACCAGCCAAAUGGGGUCAUCUUGGACUAUGAACUGCAGUACUAUGAAAAGGAUCAGUCAGAGUACAACUCCACCGUAAUCAGGAGCCAGACCAACACGGCGGUCAUUCGGGGCCUCAAACCAGGGAGCAUCUACGUCUUCCAGGUUCGAGCACGUACCGUCGCCGGCUUUGGACGCUACAGCGGCAAACUGUACUUCCAGACCAUGACGGAAGCCGAGUACAACACCAGCAUUCGCGAGAAGCUUCCCCUCAUCAUCGGCUCGGCAGCUGCAGGCCUGGUCUUCCUCAUCGCUGUGGUCGUCAUCAUCAUCGUCUGCAAUCGGAGGCGUGGCUUCGACAGGGCCGAUUCCGAGUACACGGACAAACUGCAGCACUACACAAGCGGCCACAUGACUCCAGGAAUGAAGAUCUAUAUUGAUCCGUUCACGUAUGAGGACCCCAACGAGGCUGUGCGGGAGUUUGCCAAGGAGAUUGAUAUAUCCUGCGUGAAGAUUGAGCAAGUCAUUGGUGCAGGAGAGUUUGGCGAGGUGUGCAGUGGCAACCUGAAGCUGCCUGGCAAACGGGAGAUGUUUGUGGCCAUCAAAACCCUGAAGACGGGCUACACGGAGAAGCAACGGCGGGAUUUCCUCAGUGAGGCAAGCAUAAUGGGGCAGUUCGACCAUCCCAACGUCAUCCGCCUGGAGGGCGUGGUCACCAAGAGCAGUCCUGUUAUGAUCGUCACCGAGUUCAUGGAGAAUGGAUCUUUAGACUCCUUCCUAAGGCAAAAUGAUGGCCAAUUCACUGUAAUCCAAUUGGUGGGAAUGCUUCGGGGCAUUGCCUCGGGCAUGAAGUACCUAGCCGACAUGAACUACGUGCACCGUGACCUGGCUGCCCGCAACAUCCUAGUCAACAGCAACCUGGUGUGCAAGGUGUCGGACUUUGGUCUCUCGCGCUUCCUGGAAGAUGACACAUCAGACCCCACCUACACCAGCGCCCUGGGUGGGAAGAUCCCAAUCCGGUGGACUGCGCCCGAGGCCAUCCAGUACAGAAAGUUCACCUCAGCUAGCGACGUGUGGAGCUACGGGAUCGUCAUGUGGGAAGUUAUGUCGUACGGGGAAAGGCCCUACUGGGACAUGACUAAUCAAGAUGUCAUCAACGCCAUUGAGCAAGACUACCGGCUUCCGCCCCCCAUGGAUUGUCCCAGUGCGCUGCACCAGCUAAUGCUGGACUGCUGGCAGAAAGACCGCAACAACCGGCCAAAGUUCAGUCAGAUCGUCAACAACCUGGACAAGAUGAUCCGGAAUCCAAACACCUUGAAGGCUAUGACCCCGUUAUCCUCCGGUGUGCAUCUGCCUCUGCUGGACCGCAGCAUCCCAGACUUCUCCAGCUUCAGCACAGUGGACGAGUGGCUGGAUGCCAUCAAGAUGGGCCAGUACAAGGACAACUUUUCCAACUCUGACUUCACCACGUUCGACGUGGUAUCCCAGAUGACCAUGGAUGACAUCCUACGGGUGGGUGUGACGUUAGCGGGCCAUCAGAAAAAGAUCCUCAACAGCGUCCAGAUGAUGCGGGCCCAGAUGAACCAGAUCCAGUCAGUGGAGGUCUGACCUUCCCCCAAGCAGAGCAGAAAUCCAGGAAGGGGGGCGCUCCGAGGGGCCCCACCUCCGGCGGGCGCCGAGGACGGAGUGGAUGCUUUUUGGUGUGACCCCACCCCUUCCUCGACACUCUCCCUUCACUCUCCCAACUCUCCCUUACUCCCACCUCACCAUCCAUCCACUGAGUUUUGUAACUCAGAAUCAAGGGAGACCUGAAAUGAGUGACCAGCGACACAUGUUUUUCUUCUUCCACUGCUUUUCAUUGAUGCUUUGGUUUGUUGUCAUUUUGUAAAGAAUUUUGUAAGGAAAAAAUAAAGAUGAAAAAACAAAGAUGAAAAAGAAAAGGAGUUUAUCGACAUUUAAAGACAAUGUAAGGUCAUACACCAGAUGAGCGGAAGAGCUACCCUUUAAAAGGGCGAGAAACAAACAAACAAACAAAAAAAAAAAAAAGGAUCCUGUCAAUCUUGGAAGGAUGUUGGCACCAUCAAAUGGACCUUUUGGCAAAGACUGACAUCAAGAGAAUCUCAAGAAAAGAACAAUAAAAUCUUUUUUUUUCUCACUAUGGUGUGAAAUGUUGUGUUGAAGAUUCCCAGCACAGACAACAUUGUUUUUACCUCUCUCCUUAGUGGACAUAUCAAGGACCACUUCACAGGGCUGACUCACUUGACCACUCCACCUCCCCACCCCACCUCCCCCAACCACCCUCUUACCCUUCCUACCAUGUCGCAAAGCAUGCUGGGUAAACUGACUCAGAUGCGUGACGGCCCUCCAUCCAUCCAUCUUAUUUCUUCUUCCAUUCGCUACACUCACAGUCACGAAUAGACGUUACAAUCAGGUGGAUGCAACUUGUUUCAUUUCUGCAAUUUGCAAUUUGUGUAUGCAUUUUAUUGAAUUGUUCUGAUUUUAUUUUGAACUUUUGUUCUGCAAAGAAAGAGGAAAAAAAACGCUUGGGAUCUUCCAUCGGUGCUUGGAGUUGUUUAGGAAAAGCUGCACAAUCAUGUAGAUAAACAACCUCUAAUAUCCUAACUCCCUUGAAUAAGAUAUACUUUGCUUCUAUGUUUUGAGAUGUCUAUCUUUGUCAGUGUUGUCGUCACGGGGAUAACAUGGCGUCUGAAAACGCUGCGUGAACAGUAGCCGAAGUGUGAUUGUCCAGUCUGGAUCCAUCGCUCACGUGCAGUCUGGUUCCUCCCCCAUACACCUUCUUUAGCCUUUUACCUAACCCUAACCACCCCUGACAACUUGGAAGCUCUUAAGGGUACACACAUACUGAUUUGUCACAUCUGAACCCAUAUUUCUUUUAAACGUGAAAAACCCUUCACGGUAGGAAAGUCUGGCACGUGUAUGCGAGUCAUUACUUUACUGAGACUGACCUGAGAUGCAAUACAGUGGUACAGACUAUCCAGAUUGAUCAAAAAUGUAAAGAAGAAGGUAAAAGUAGUAGAAAAGUAGGUUACAAACAUUUCAGGAAGUCUGUGGAUCAUGUGAUCUUGGAUAAGGAUUUGUGAUUGAAAGUACAGUGGUACCUCUACACACGAAUUUACUUCAUUCCAGGACCCUGGUUUGUAAGUCGAAAGGGUCGUAUGUCAAUUGGGAUUGUCCCCUAAGAAUACAUUAUAAUUCGAUUAAUAUGUUCCGCAGCUCAAAAACCUAAGCUAAAUCCUUCGUAAAUACUGCUGGAAAAAUUACAAAUAGCAAUUACACAUAGCAAAACAAAUUAUGAAUACAAAUCGGAAUAUUAAUGAUGUAACGAAUUGGGUUCUAAUGUGGCGGUUGUGUUUUGCAUACUGUUCCAGAACGCACCGUGUGACCGACAACAGAGUGAGAGAUGCGGAAGAGAGGGACGUUUUUACUUACUAUUUUCAUAUUUCACGGCAGACAGUAACCGUGUUGUGUUGCGCAAGUUCUGAAAUAAAUGAUUUAAAAUCUAAUGAAGCUGGCGACUUCCCUGCCGAUGUUACAAUAAUAAUAAUAAUUGUCACCUUAACUUAUUAAAACAGGCGAACGGAAGUCAGAGAAGAACCGUUGAGAUCGUAGAUAUUCACUGACGCUCACACCAUGCUCAUAUUUUUCUAUCAUUUCCACCUUAAUAUUAAUGGGAAGCGGCACCUUUUUCCUUUUUUCAUCACCUGCAAUAAUGGGACUCAUGUUGAUUUCUCUCAUUGGAAAAUCCACCGUGUGUCUGUCUUUAGGUAAAACAAUGAAAUUGCGACACUGUCAUAAAUCGUCGUACUUCGAGCGUGUCAUCAUAUGUCGAGUCAAAUUUUAUGUUGGAUGUCAAAAAGAUCAUAUGUCAAUGCGUUCGUCUGUUGAGGUACCACUCUAUUGAAAUGGUUUAACAUUCACAAUAGAAUCGGCACCAAAUUGAACACCUUGAUACUCUCUUUCUUUCUUUCGUGUUUUUUUUCACUUAUUAUAUACUUCAGGUUUUAAAACCAUUGUGAAAGACAUUUGAAAAUGCUCCUAAUCGUGGUGUAGCUUCUGAUUUUAGGUGUGGAACUUUUUUUUUUUUUUUUUUUUUUUUUUUUUU